GGCAAUGAGGUGUCCAUCCAUUAUGUGGCCAAACGAGAGGACGGCUCAGUGUUUGACUCAAGCCGUCAGCGGAACCAAGUCUUCACGUUCACUGUCGGCCGCAGACAAGUCAUCAAAGGUGUUGAUAUCGCCAUCAAAACCAUGAAGUGGUCGGAGAUCUCAAAGUUUACGUUUUCCGGCGAAUACUCGUUCGACGAAACCAAUUGUCCGAAAGGGUUGACUCCCGGCGCUGUCGUCUCCUACGAAGUGGAGCUCUUUUACUUCAAACUCAUGGACUUAACGAAGAAGAAAGACGGCGGAGUCGUCAAGAGGAUCAUCACUCCAGGCACUGGCUAUGAGUUGCCUAUAUUUGGAUCCAAAUGCGAGGUCCACGUCGUCGGCAAAUAUGAAGACAAAGUGUUUUACGAGAAGACCGUUAUCUUCAUCGUCGGUGAGGCUGAAGAGAAGGGACUCAUCGGUGGCAUUGAUAUAGCGGUCACUAAAAUGAGAAAACUCGAGAAAAGCAAACUCUUUGUGAAACCGGAGUACGCUUUCGGACCAAAAAGCAAACCCGAGUUCGGUAUUCCUGAAGACUACAAACAAGUUGUCUAUGAAAUCACACUAAAGGAUUUCACCGAAGAGGUCGAGCCCUUCCAACUGAUGGACAGACAGAAGUUGCAAACAUCUGAGGCCAUCAAAUCCAAAGCAAACAAUUACUUCAAUGAAAGCAAGUAUUCAUUGGCUGUCAAGCAAUACAAA